CUGUCAUCGUCGACGAACGUCUUGGUCAUUAAACCAGGUUCACUCUAUUUUGUCGACCCUCCCACUGGAGUGGAUAUUCCUGCAACAGUUUUAUUAACUAGAACUUCGUCUCUCGACCGAUCAGCCGCAAAGAUGUCUCGUUUCUUCCACGGUGGCGGUAGCGACAGCGAAACCAGUUCCUCCGACGAGGAGGAGCUCUACAGUGAUCGCGAUGAGGAAGAACGGUCCGAAGAAGAAGAAUCCAGCGAAGAGGAAGAUUUCUCAGAAAAUGACUCCACGUCCUCGUCAGAGGACGAGGAUAAGCCCAGGAAAACUGGAGCUAACUUUUUCAUAAAAGAUGAGGGCGAGGUCAGCGAUGAAAGCGAAGACGAGGGCGCGCCGGUGGUCGUCAAAAGUGCAAAGGACAAGCGGCUUGAGGAGCUAGAAAGCACAGUGAAGCUUAUUGACAAUGCUGAGAGAAUUAAUGAUUGGACUGUGAUUUCAGCUGAAUUCGAUAAGUUGAACCGACAGAUUGCCAAGAUUAUCCAGUCCGGCCCUACGCCAAAGAUUUACAUCAAGGCAAUUGCAGAUCUCGAGGAUUUUAUGAACGAGGCUAUUGCCAAACAAAAGGUGUCGACGAAGAAGUUGAAUGCAAGCAACGCCAAAGGUCUUAAUGCCGUGAAGCAGCGCAUCAAAAAGAAUAACAAGGAUUUUGCCACUGAGAUUGAUAAAUACCGGGAAGAUAAGGAGCGUUAUAUGGAGGCCGAUGAAGUUGAGGUGACCAGGACUGCUCCCAGGGCUGCGGGGCCUUCUGCAGUUCGCAUUGCUGCAACCUUGGACACUCCCAAUCUCACUGAUGAAGAGGGCUUCUCGACUGUUGGACGUCAUGGAAAGACUUUGCAGUAUACUCCUGAGAGUAUUCUCAAACACCUUCGUAUCAUUGUUGAGUCACGAGGAAAGAAGAACACCGAUCGUCAGGAGCAAAUCCGGACCAUGGAGAAGCUUCUUGAAGUCUCCCAAACUCCGUACCAACGCAUCCGUAUUUAUCUUACCCUCAUUGCCACUCGCUUUGAUCUGACCUCGUCUUCCACCGCAACGCACAUGAGCUCUGAACAAUGGAAAGCUGCCGAAAGCGAAUUCUCGAGUUUGCUAUCCGUCUUGGAGGCAAACCGGGAUCAUGUUGUUGUCGAAGGUGCCGAGGAAUGGGAGGAUGAUGACAAGCAGCCUCAAGUUGCUGCUGGGGAAGCCCUUCGUAUCCCCGGAAGCAUCGUGUCUUUCGUUGAGCGACUAGAUGAUGAGCUUACUCGUUCUCUCCAGCAGAUUGACCCGCAUACCGCUGAGUAUAUCGAGCGUCUCAGUGACGAACAAUCACUAUACACUGCAAUCGCUAGAUCGCAAUUCUACGUUGAGGAACUCGGCAAGGCGGACAAGACCGAGCCAAAACAAGAGAGUAUUAACCGCAUCGUCAUUCGACGAUUGGAGCAUAUCUACUUUAAGCCUUCUCAAGUCGUCGCAAUUCUUGAAGAGGCUACAUGGAAAGCCCUUCCAUCACAAUUAGACUCGGCCAUUACAUCUCGCGGCUCAGCCAGUGAUGUUCCUGAAUUGGUCCAGACUCUAUGCAACUAUCUUUUCAAGCACAGUGAUGGCAUCAUUCGGGCUCGCGCAAUGCUGUGCCAAAUCUACUUCCUUGCACUUCAUGAAAAUUAUUACCGCUCUCGUGACCUCAUGCUCAUGUCUCAUUUGUCGGAGAACAUUGCCAACUUUGAUGUGAGCACACAAAUCUUGUUCAACAGAACUCUUGUGCAAAUCGGCCUUUGCGCUUUCCGUGCUGGCCUGGUCUAUGAGGCUCAAAACACACUUUCCGAAAUCUGCGGAAGCGGACGUCAAAAGGAGCUGCUCGCUCAAGGUAUUAUCCUUCAGAGAUACUCAACUGUAUCACCCGAGCAGGAAAAGCUUGAGCGACAGCGCCAGUUGCCAUUCCACAUGCACAUUAAUUUGGAGCUACUAGAAUGCAUUUACCUUACCUCAAGCAUGUUUUUGGAAGUUCCCCUUAUGGCACAGACCUCCUCUAGCCCUGAGAUGAAGCGUCGUGUCAUUUCCAAGACAUUCCGUCGCAUGCUCGACUACAACGAGAGACAAGUUUUUACGGGUCCUCCUGAGAACACUCGUGAUGGUGUGAUUAUGAGCGCCAAGUUUUUGGCUGCUGGCGAUUGGAAGAAGGCCACAGAAUUGCUGAACUCGAUCAAGAUUUGGGAUUUGAUGGCACAACCCGAGAAGAUUAAGACUAUGCUGGCUGAGCAAAUCCAAGAAGAAGGUCUACGUACCUAUUUGUUCACCUACGCUCCUUUCUAUGACACCCUAUCCAUCUCCACCCUCGCCAACAUGUUCGAGCUCGCUGAAAAGAAGAUCAUCUCCAUUGUCAGCCGUAUGAUCUCUCACGACGAGCUUGCAGCAGCCCUUGACCAAGUCAAUGACGCAAUUGUGUUCACCAAGGGUGUCGAGCUGUCUCGUCUACAAUCUCAAAUUGUCACUCUCGCCGACAAGUCCAUGUCUCUUCUGGAGGCCAACGAGAAGACUUUGGAGCAACGCACACAAGGCAUGGCCAAUGCUUUCCAGAGAGAGCAAGGUCCUGGUGCCCGUGGUGGUCGAAACACUGGACGUGGCGGCCAGGCUCGUGGAGGACAUAGGUUGCCUGGAGGUCAACAGCGACGACCGGGUAAUCAACAAUUUAGCGGUGGUGCAUUGGGUGGUGCUAUCAAGGCAUAAUUUCAGAACUUCACGAUUCCUUUUUAAUGUAUCUUUUCGUCUAUUUUCCUUUGUCGCGGGAGCAACGUCCAGCAUCUCAUGUCUUUUGGAGUUUGCUUUUCUUUCAUCAUGAAGAUAUGGGAUUAAAAGCUGGUUGGCACGCCAUGUUGAUGUCCCGUACACAAUACUAUCAGAAAAGUGUCAGGUAGAAAUAAAUCAAAUCAUGACUUAUAUUUUAAUGAUUGCGACUUAGAUUUG